AUGGAGGCCGAAUGGGAUGAGACAGUUUUAAACAAUUUUUAUAAUUAUCUAUAUGAAUGUUUUGAUUAUGAAAAAUGCUUAGAAUUAGAAAAUUCAAUAAGACUUGAAAUGGGAACAGAACCCAAAAUACAUAAAGAAUGCGGAUCAUGUCACAAAGAAAAAUGGGAUAUAAAUAUAAGUUCAUAUAAAUUUAAAAAAGAUGAUAAUGAUUUAUUAGGAGAAAUUAUAGAUAAUGAAAAAAGUGAAGAAAAUAUAAAAAAGUCAUUAAAUAAUAUAGCUGAAAAAGCAUAUACAAUUUAUAAUAAUAUAUUAACUAAAGAAGCAUUAAAAAAUGGGAAUAGAAAUAAAGAAAGUCAAAUAGAUAUAGAAACAGACCAUUUUUUAAGAACAUAUAUAUUAAAAACGGUUUUUAAUAAAUAUAUAAUUACAAAGGUAAAAAAGAAAAUAAAAGAAAUUCAUUGUAAAAAUACAAAAGAUAUUAUAUCAUUAGCAAACCCAUUAAAUAUAAAAGAACAUGAUUUAAAUAGAAUUCAAUCAGAAACGAUUGCAAAUUUAAUGAAUUCUAAUGUAAGCAUACAACUAAAUUUUAUGGGUAAAUAUAUGAAGCUUAUAUAUGAGGAAUUGAUAUUUAUUGAAUAUAAUAAUCAAUUUAAUGAGUUUAAUAGUGAGUAUAAAAAUAUAAGGACUGAUUUUUAUUGUUGGGCUUACAUAACUAGUUUGGAUAGAGAAAAACAGCAAGGCCUAUAUAAAUUAUUAAAAGAAUUAUCAUUAAUUCCAUAUGAAUUAAAUAAAAAAGCAAAUUUAUCAUUACAAAUAUGCACAUUAUUUCGAUUCUUAUAUUAUUCACCAAAUAAAUCUUUUUUAAAAAAACAUGCAGAAGGUGGUUAUGGAGAUAUGGACAACGGGCAAAAGGUCACAUGUUUAUAUAUCCCAUAUGUACAUCCAGAUGAUGAUGUAACAAUUAAAGUGUAUAAAACUGAAAAUGGCUUUGUAAGCAAACAAGAAGAGAAUAUUAUAGUUGAUAAUAAGAGUCAGUCACUUAAUGAUAAGGAUAGUUUAAUUCAGAUUGUAAAACCACAAAGUGAUUCUCUCAUUUUAUUGCAAACAAGAAAUACAUCAUAUGAAAUUUCUAAGACAAAACAUAAAUUUUUCAUAGUAAAUUUAUCCAUUUAUGGGCCUGUAUCAUUAGACAGAAAUAUGUGA